CAAAGCCUCAUCUUCCUUUCCAAAGCAGCUACUCCCAAUCUGCUAAACCCCACGGGAAAAGCUUCCCUGCUUCUCCGCUCGCCGAGAAAUGGUAGUAGUAGCGUCUCUCCGGCUGCCGUCGCUCACCUCCCUCUUCUUCGCCUCUUCUCGGUCAACUCAUCGGGCUCCGGCUGCUCUAUUCCGCCGGCGCCACAGCAGCCGGCGGCAGCCUUUCCUCGCUGCGGCGAAGUUUUCGGCCCAGAGUGCCGCGUCCAGUCCUCCGGAGACCACCGAGGAGCUAGCUGUAAACCUGAAGAAGAGUAGUAAUAGUAGUAAGACCAACCAGGACCGAGUCAUCACCCCUCGUUCGCAGGACUUCAAUGCUUGGUACCUCGAUGUGAUUGCUAAUGCCGAGCUCGCUGAUUAUGGCCCCGUUCGUGGAACUAUGGUCAUUCGCCCUUAUGGUUACGCCAUUUGGGAGGCAAUCCAGGACUAUUUGAAUGUCAAAUUCAAGGAGACCGGGCAUAGCAAUAUGUACUUCCCACAGUUUAUACCGUAUUCCUUUAUUGAGAAAGAAGCUAGUCAUGUUGAGGGAUUCAGUCCUGAACUGGCUGUUGUAACUAUUGGUGGAGGAAAGGAACUCGAAGAAAAGCUUGUGGUACGAAGAUUCAACCUUGGCCUUUCUUGCUUCAGAAUCUAGUGCUCUAGUGUUACAUGUUGAGAGAUGUGAAUGUUGGUUAAGUUUGUUAAACACAACUGUGGUCUGAGUUUUGGUCUUUGAUUUCUGCACUCGUCGAGGUUGUUGUGGCAGGUUCGACCCACCAGCGAAACCAUAGUGAAUCACAUGUUCACUCAGUGGAUUCAUAGUUAUCGUGAUCUGCCUCUAUUGAUCAAUCAGUGGGCAAAUGUCACUAGAUGGGAAAUGCGCACGAAGCCAUUUGUGAGGACUCUCGAGUUUCUGUGGCAGGAGGGUCAUACUGCUCAUGCAACUCCAGAGGAGGCAGAAGAAGAGGCUAUGAAAAUGAUUGAUGUCUAUACAAAGUUUGCUUAUGAGGAGGCUGCAAUACCAGUGGUAGUAGGUAGGAAGUCCAGAGAAGAAACAUUUGCCGGAGCUGUUCGAACAUAUACAAUAGAGGCUAUGAUGGGUGAUAGAAAGGCCUUACAGGCUGGAACCAGCCAUAACCUCGGCCAGAACUUUUCUCGGGCUUUUGAUACGCAGUUUAUGGAUGAGAAUGGCCAGAGGCAACAUAUAUGGCAAACAUCAUGGGCUGUCAGUACAAGAUUUGUUGGUGGGAUUAUCAUGACACAUGGAGAUGAUGCUGGCCUAAUGCUUCCUCCCAAACUUGCACCAGUUCAGGUUGUGAUUGUGCCCAUAUGGAAAAAGGACGAUGAAAAGGCUGGGGUUCUGAAUGCUGCGUCCUCUGCAAAAGAAGUUCUGCACUCUGCUGGUGUGAAAGUCAAACUUGAUGACUCGGACACGAGAACCCCUGGAUGGAAGUUCAAUUUCUGGGAGAUGAAGGGGGUCCCUAUUAGGAUUGAGAUUGGUCCUCGAGAUGUUGCAAGCGGAAGUGUUGUGAUAUCAAGGAGAGAUGUUCCUGGAAAGCAAGGAAAAGUUUUUGGAAUAUCAAUGGAGCCUUCAACUUUAGUAGGUUACGUAAAAGACAAGCUGGAUGAGAUCCAAGCAUCCCUGCUGGCUAAAGCCACAUCAUUUCGAGAUAGUAACAUUGUCGACGUGAGCUCGUAUGAUGAACUCAAAGAAGCAAUAUCGCAGGGCAAAUGGGCAAGGGGUCCUUGGUCCGCAAGCGAUGAAGACGAAGCAAGAGUGAAAGAAGAAACCGGAGCAACCAUCCGUUGCUUCCCGUUCGAACAGCCCGCUGGAACCAAGACUUGCUUGAUGACAGGACAACCAGCUGAAGAAAUCGCCAUUUUCGCCAAGUCCUACUAGCUACAAUACUCUGUCCUAUUGCUGAAAGGGUAACACCUUUCCAGUUCCCAGACCACAUCUACUCAUUACCCAAAUUGGCCAAAGGAAAAUUAAGUUUAAAGCGAUUCGGAGUUUGAUACAUGGGACGUGAACAUGUCUCGCCGUUAGUUAUCAUAAAUGGUUACAAACCUAUUCACUUUGUACAAAAUGAUCACACUUUUUUAAUUUUGUACGUUUCAGUCAAACAAGUUUGAGUGAAUAACAAAGAGGUCAAUCCGUCCACUUCCAUCCGAAAUUCCUUUACUUUUGGAACAUAACAAAGACAAUGUAGAGAUGGUGUGUAUAGAAGAAGAGCUCGAACAUAUCUUCCUUCUGAUGCAAGUAAAUCUUAACGCCCAC